AUUACAAAAAUAAGUGCACACAGGAGAAGGUAGAGGAACACUUCACUAGCAAACACUAGUGUUCGUGGAAAGGGAGACGUGGACAGGCAUGGCUUGGCUUACCCUCUACCUCCUAAGUGUUCUCUGGGCUGUGGCAGGAACCAGCACCCGUGCCCAGAGCUCUUGCUCUGUGCCCCCAGAUCAGCAACCCUGGGUCGAUGGCCUACAAGCGCUCAUGGAGAACUCGGUGACUGACUCAGACUUCCCAAACCCCAGCAUCCUGAUUGCCAUGAACCUGGCCGGCGCCUACAACGUGGAGGCCCAGAAACUCCUGACUUACCAGCUCAUGGCCAGUGACAGUGCAGACCUGACAAGUGGGCAGCUUGCCCUCACCGUUAUGGCUCUCACGUCCUCCUGCAGAGACCCUGGAAGUAAAGUGUCCACUCUACUGAAGAAAAUGGAGAACUGGUCACCUUCAAGCCCGGGUGCUGAAUCCUCGGCCUUCUAUGGGCCUGGUUUGGCGAUCCUCGCACUGUGCCAGAAGAGUUCAGAGGCGACCUUACCCAUCGCAGUGCGCUUCGCUAAGACCCUGAUGAUGGAACCCUCUCCCUUCAAUGUGGACACAGGAGCAGUGGCAACCUUGGCCCUGACCUGUAUGUACAACAAGAUUCCUGUGGGUUCUCAAGAAAACUACAGAGACCUGUUUGGUCAGGCACUGAAGGCUAUUGUGGAGAAGAUCAGCUUAAGGAUCAAAGCUGAUGGCAUCAUCGGAGACAUCUACAGCACUGGCCUUGCCAUGCAGGCUCUCUCCGUGACACCUGAGCAACCUACCAAGAAGUGGGACUGUGAGAAGACUAUGCAUACAAUACUCAACGAGAUUAAGCAAGGGAAAUUCCAAAACCCCAUGUCCAUUGCCCAAAUUCUCCCUUCCUUGAAAGGCAAGACUUACCUAGAUGUGCCCCAAGUAACAUGUGGUCCUGAUCAUGAAGUGCCACCAACUUUAACUGACUAUCCUACCCCGGUCCCCACUUCAGUAUCUAACAUUACCGUCAUAUAUACCAUAAACAACCAGCUGAGAGGGGUUGAUCUGCUUUUCAAUGUGACCAUCGAGGUUAGUGUGAAAAGUGGAUCUGUGCUACUUGCUGUCCUAGAAGAAGCACAGCGCAAAAACUCCAUGUUCAAAUUUGAAACCACCAUGACAUCCUGGGGCCUUAUUGUCUCUUCUAUCAAUAAUAUCGCUGAGAAUGUUAAUCACAAGACAUACUGGGAGUUUCUUAGUGGCAAAACGCCUUUGGAUGAAGGGGUUGCUUACUAUAUCCCCUUCAAUCAUGAGCACAUCACAGCCAACUUCACCCAAUACUGAGACGGAGUAUCUUCUGUCCCAUGUGACAAAAGGAUGGUUUGGGUUGUUUUGUUUUGUUUUUCAUAUCAUUUCAAAUCUGUGCCAAGAAAAGCAGAUAUUAACAAUGCUACUCUCUUCCUGAGCCACUGUGUGGAAUAAAUGAUGCAGGUGCUCACCAUUGUGACUCAUGCAAUAAAAUUUUUGGCUUCUC